AUAAAACAUUCCAUUGAUAGCUCAAUACGUACGUACCUUGUCUCAGUUGAACAGUUUACCAAUAAUAUGUACCAGUAAAGAAUUAGAGAUGGUUGUAUAAGAAAUUACACCUUUCCUACGUAGGUAUAUUCCAGAAGCAAUGAGGCUUUCGACGAGCAUAAUCCUGCUGUCCGUGCUGGGCUGGGGCUGCAGCUACAGGAUCCUGCUGGUGUUCCCGCUGCCCGGCGUCAGGAGCCACAGCAUCCUCGGGGAGGGGAUCGUGCGGCAUCUGCUGGCCGCUGGCCACAAUGUGACGUACAUCACAGCAGUCCCUUCGAAACUAUCUGCUCCUGAACUACGGCAGAUCGACGUCUCAUCUAUCAAGAAGGUUUUUCAUGCGGAGGACUUCUGCGACAUUGACAAGGUCCUGGGCCAGGGGAAGGAGAUUGAGUUCCACCACUUGGACAUAUUACGUCGGCACUUGAUGGUGGCCAACUACACGGCCACGCAUAAACGCGUGCAGGAGCUGAUGAUGGACCCGCAGGAACAGUUCGACUUGGUCAUUCUUGAUUGGAUUUCCACUGAAUUUUUAGCCGGCCUAUCCCCCGUGUUGAAGUGCCCGUUCACCUGGCUGUCGUCGAUGGAGCCCCACGGGCGGGUGUUGUCUCUGGUGGACGAGUGGCCGAGCCCGGCCUACGUGCCGCGCUCGCACUCCCGAGCCACGCCGCCGCUCACCUUCGCACAGCGGGCUACGGAGCUGUGGAACAUGCUUGCCAUAAUGUAUACGAAAUGGCAGCUGAUGUCGGAAGAGCAAGCGUUGUACGAGCGAGCGUUCGGGCGGGCGGCGGCGGCGCGGGGCCGGCGGCUGCCGCCGCUUGAAGCCGUCAAGUACAACGCCUCGCUCAUGCUGGGCAACUCGCACGCGGCCACGGGGCUGGCCAUCAAACUACCGCAGAGCUAUGUACCCGUAGCUGGGUUCCAUAUUCAGGAGGAGCCUUUACCUCAUAAUUUACUAAAGAUCAUGGAUGACGCGCACGACGGAGUAAUAUACUUCAGUAUGGGAUCUCUACUGAAGUCCAGGCGCAUGCCAGACACCCUGAAACAAGGCCUCCUGGCCAUGUUCGGGAGUUUGAGGCAAACUGUCAUUUGGAAACUGGAAGAAACGCCGGAGAAUGUGCCCAAGAACGUCCACAUCUUCAGCUUCGUACCGCAGCAAAGUGUUUUAGCUCACCCAAACUGCAUCCUCUUCAUCACGCACGGCGGCCAACUGUCCACCACCGAGGCGCUCCAUUUCGCCGUGCCCAUCCUCGGUGUGCCCGUCUUCGGGGACCAGUUCCGCAACAUAUUCCGGGCCGUGCAGAAAGGCUUCGCGCGGCACGCUCGGGCCGGCCUCGAGCUGCCGCGGGAUUUGAAAACGGAGAUUCAGGAGAUGAUUGGUAACCCUAAGUACCGUGAGGUCGCGCGCGAGUUGUCCCUGAUGUACCACGACCGGCGUGCGACGGGCGCGGAGCUGGUGCAGUGGGUGGAGCGCGUGGUGCGCACGCGCGGCGCGCCGCAUCUGCGCUCUCCUGCGCUCCUGGUGCCCUGGUACCAGAAGAUGUAUCUAGACCUGAUGUCUCUGGUGGUUGGAGUCGUUUUAGUCAUUUAUUUUGCUGUAAUACGUGUACUAUGUAUGGUUAAGAAGAUUGAUCUGAUUAAGAAGAAUAGAUGAUCAAUGAUUAAUGUUUCGUGCUAGUGUAGAGAGUAGGUACCUCAAUGUGUUGGGUUCUUGUGGUUAUAGUUUUUUUAUUGGGUGUUUUUGUUUGAAAAUAUUAGAUGAUUCAUGUUGUUUUAUUGAGGUUAC